AUGUUUUCAAUUUUUACAACGAACUGUAAAUGUAGUGUUCGCUACAAAGUUGCGCUUAUACUUACUACCAAUAUUGUCAUUUAUGUGCAGACACUUUCCAUUAAUGUUGACUACGAAAAGAAUCACGUCCUUGCAUACUCACGAGGGAAGGUCACCAACUUUAAAAUUGCUUUGGAGCCAGAAUUUAGUGCUCUGAAGAUCGCGUGGGACACACAAGAUAAAAUUGUAACUUUUCUUUACACAAAUACUAAGAACAUGGCAAUAUGCGAAUUGUUUUGGAAUGAGACGUUGCUAGAGAAGUUAUUGUGUAUACAAUGUCAUUUUACCCUUUUCCCUCCCAUGCAGUUCAUGUGUUGUGGAGCUAGGAUUUGUGAAAAUUGUUCAAAAAAAUUAAAUCAAUCUACGCAAUGCCCAUUCUGUUCAGAAUCUGGAAUAUGUGAUGUAAAACCGGACAAAGGUCACGAGCGUGAACUGAGAAGGAUGGAAAUAUCUUGUCCAAGAUGCAAUGAAAACUUUUCUGGCCGCUUCCCUGAACUGAUUAUUCAUUUAGACAAGCACCGUGACUUGCCUUGUCCUAACUGCGCUGAAAAGUUUGUUUUUCCGCAGGAAUUGGACAGUCAUCAGUAUAAUACGUGCGAACAUCGUGUGGUGGAGUGUCCGCUAAGUUUUCUUGGAUGUGACAAAAAGGUGCCUCACAAAUAUAUUGACAAGCAUCACCUGAAUAAUUGGCAUCAACGGUAUUUGUUAAACUUCGUACACGCGAUACUUUCACCAUCAUCAUUAAACAAGAUUUUAUCAACAGAUUCCAAAAAUACCGAACAGACGUUUGAACAAACAUUACGGGAAUAUUUAGAAAAGAUAAAUCCUUUGAUUGAAGACGCGGACCAAUCCAUGAGGAAUUGCAGCCAAUUGAGUUCGAAAAGGCAAGACAUAGAAACAAAGAUUAACGGUAUACGAACACAGUCUGUUGCUAUUAAAGAAUCAUCCGAAAAUAACGUCAAAUUAAUGGAAAGUAUUUAUCAAAUCAUAGCCAAUAUGACUGAAAUUUUAAACAAAAUGAAAUCUCAACCGAUAGGCGGUCCGAGAUUAUUAGACAUAGACGGAACUUACAUCUGGAAGGUGAAACUGUCCGACUUGACAAGCAGUCAACAGACCUUACAAUCUGAAGUAUUUCUCACUUCUAAAAGUGGAUACAAAUUAGUACUUCAAUGUGAAAUUUAUGAGAAUAAAUCGACAAGUACGAGCUAUAUUUCAGUAGCCGUUGCAAUCCUUCGUGGAGAUUACGAUGCUAUUCUCAGUUGGCCGAUGCUUUAUCCAAUCACACUGACGAUAGUUGAUUUAUCCGGAAAGAGAAGUGAUAUUUCAUAUCCAAUCCAUAUGGAUCCGUAUAUGCUACCACUUCAAAGACCAAUGAAUGAUUCGAAUCCUCCAUGCAAAGUGGAGCAGUUUUAUCCUUUGGAAAAAAUAACGAAAAAUAAUAGUUAUUACGUACAAAACAAUGCAAUGUUUAUUCGAGCACAUCUUGAUUUCGUGGGAGGAAGUCUUGACUCAAUAUCAAACGGAGAACAGCAGAAGCUUCCUAAUUACGAUUCUGCUCGAAAUAAAAUUGCAUCUUAA